AUGUCUCUGAACCAGAUGCAGAUCAAGCAGGAGCUGCAGCUCCCCCCCGGCUUGGGUAAAACCACCGCAAAACAGAGCCCGGAGCAUCCCCAAAUCCCAGAACCGGGAAAAGGGGAAGCUGCGGGGGCUGCGGUGCCCCAGGGCCCGCCCCAGGAGCAGCAAACCCAAUUCCCUCCGGCAUUCCCGAACCCCGAGCCUGCUCCGCGCCUGGAAGAGAAAUCCUGCCCGGAACCGACGCUGGAAAAGCAGGAGGCCAAGGAGAUCCCGGUUCCCGUUCCCGUUCCCUGCUCCGAGGCUGCUGUGUGCGCCCAGGAGAAGCAGCAGGUCCAGGAAAUCCCGGUGUCCAUCCCAGAAAAGCAGGAAUGCAAGGAAAUCCCGGUGUCCAUCCCUGAUCCACACCCUGACCCUGUUCCGUGCUCCCAGGAGAAGCAGCAGUGCCAGGAAAUCCCAGUUUCCACCCAGGAAAUCCCGGUGUCCAUCCCAGAAAAGCAGGAAUGCAAGGAAAUCCCGGUGUCCAUCCCAGAAAAGCAGGAAUGCAAGGAAAUCCCGGUGUCCAUCCCUGAUCCACACCCUGACCCUGUUCCGUGCUCCCAGGAGAAGCAGCAGUGCCAGGAAAUCCCAGUUUCCACCCCUGACCCUGUCCCGUGUGCCCAGGAAAAGCAGGAAUGCAAGGAAAUCCCGGUGUCCAUCCCAGAAAAGCAGGAAUGCAAGGACGCCCCUGUCCCCAUCCCAGUUUCCAUCCCUGAGCCCACUCCAUGUGCCCAGGAAAAACAGGAAUGCCAGGAAAUCCCAAUCCCGGUGCCCACCCCGGAGCAGCGCUCCCUUCCCGAGAAAUUCCCUCCCCUGGAGCAGCAGCUGGAGCAGCCCGGCCCGUGGCAGAAAUAG